AUGCCCAGUGUAAAGAAACCAGCCGUUGUAAUUAACGGUGAAAAGAUGGCCGAAGCUGUGAAAGCUGAUGAUCACCUCGGGGCCUUGAAUUCUCAAAGCUCUUCCUCGGCCCGCGAUCACAACGGCUUUCGCCAGCUAGAUGGCGUAUCAACGCAAAGAAAUCACCGGCGAAAGGCUCCUCGGCUUGCUGAAAAGGAUACACACGAGCACCGAUCUCGUCGCCCUUUCCCCCGAAUCUCACUACCAGUUGAGCUCAUGCGAAGCUCUUAUGAUGUUGUAGUAAUUGGAACCGGGUACGGAGGAGGAGUUGCAGCCAGCCGUAUGGCAAGAGGAAGACAGAGUGUUUGCGUCUUGGAGAGAGGAAAGGAGAGGUGGCCUGGCGAGUUUCCCGAAACUCUCGCUGAUGCCGCCAAAGAGAUCCGCGUAAGUGGCGAGUUUGCACCAGGGGAUAGGAGGAGUAUCCCAGGCACGCUUGUGAACGGCGGGAACCCUACUGGACUAUAUCAUUUCGCCACCGGGGACGGGCAAAACGUGUACAUGGGCAAUGGGCUGGGAGGUACAAGCUUACUGAAUGCGAACGUGUUCUUGGAAGCAACUCCUGCUGUUUUGUCGAUGGACAUAUGGCCAGAAGAGCUUAGGGGAGCAAAAGAAUGGACGAAAUACUACAACAGGGCCAGAGAUGUUCUGGAACCAGCACAGUACCCGACGUCAUAUCCCAAUCUUCUCAAGGCAGAUUUGCUCAAGAAGCAAGCGGAUCUUAAGGGAGUUGGAGAUAAAUUCUAUCGCGUUCCCCAGACAACCCGAUUUCAAGACGGGCCCAAUGCUUCUGGAGUUUCCAUGCGAGCUUCAACUCUGACAGGCAUGGACGCCACCGGCAUUAACGAUGGAAGCAAGUCUACUACCCUAGUCAACUAUCUCAGUGACGCAUGGAACUGGGGGGCAGAGAUGUUCUGUGAGUGCGAGGUGCGGUACGUGACGAAAGCGCCCGGACGUGACGGAUACAUCAUCUACUUUGCUUGGUUGUCUCAAAAGCGUGGGAUGUUUACGAGUAUGUACGACGACCUGAUGUGGGUUCACGCAAAGAAAUUGGUCUUCUUUGGUGCUGGUAGUCUCGGAACUACGGAAAUCCUCCUCCGUAGUAAACAGCUGGGCCUGAGUAUGAGUGAUGAUCUUGGGACAGAAAUGAGUGGGAACGGAGACAUGUUGGGGUUCGCAUACAAUACAGAUUUCGAAGCCAACUGUCUAGCACAACCUCACUCUACGCCGGAGCGGCCUGUUGGACCUUGUAUCACGUCAGUGGUUGAUUUGCGCGAUCAACCAAAUCCAUUGGACGGUUUCGUGAUUGAAGAUUGCGCGGUACCUCGGGCACUUGGCCCAUUUAUGUUUCCUAUGCUGGAAUACUUGCCAGAUCAGAUAAAGCCUUCAUAUCAUCUCGCCCAAGCCUUUGCAAAAGCAGCAACCAGGUUGGGAAGCAAACUUUUCGGGCCGUAUUUCGCCAAAGGCAGCGUAUCAAGAACAGGCGUAUAUCUUAUUAUGUCUCAUGAUAGUAGUCAAGGAUCCCUCACUCUCAGAGACGACAAGCCUGUACUGAGCUAUUCCGGCGUCGGUCGUUCCAAAUCCGUUUCUCGUAUUCAUGAUUUCCUAGAAGAAAUGACAGCAGCCGUAGGCGGAGACUUCAUUGCCAAUCCUGCUUGGAGUCUUCUAGGAUCUCAAGAGAUUACCGUUCACCCAAUAGGGGGAGCUCGAAUAAGUGCCGAUGGAACUGGCAAAAUGGGCGUGACGAACAGCAUGGGAGAGAUAUUUGACGGAAAUGGAGACCAAGUCCACCGAGGCUUGGUCGUGUGUGACGGAUCUGCCGUCCCCGCCGCUAUGGGUGUGAACCCGUUUGCUACAAUAACAGCCCUUGCUGAAAGAUCAGUCGAAAUGGUUGGUAAAAAAUAUGGAAUUUCGAUAGACUAUGACACCAAGAUUGAGCUGUUGGACAUCUACGGCUCCGCAGAGCUCUCUUUGCCGAAAGAGCCAGAUAUAGAAAAGCUGGCGAACACGAUCAGCAAAGCCCGCGAGAAUAACUAUUCUGGCGUUGGUUUCUCCGAAGUCAUGGCAGGAUUUGUUCACGUUGGGCAAGAUGUAGGUGACUUUGUCAUUGCCACAAAUAUUGCUCGCAGCCAAUGCGAAUCUGCGCGCUUCUUUCUCAGUGUAAAGUCCUGGGACAGUAGCGAAUUGGUUGAUAGCAACUCUCACUCGGCCAACUUGACGGGUACUUUCUGCUGCAGCGCUCUUGGGGGAACGUUCAUCGUUCAUCGUGGUACCUUCCAGCUGUUCAAUCAAGAUCCCCGACAGCCGGAGACAACGAACUUGACGUAUAACUUCGACAUGAUAUCUCCAAGCGGUGCGAAGCUGCACUUUAACGGUUACAAGGUCGUCAACUCAGCGGCGUAUCUCAACAUCUGGGAAGUCUGGAAGCAAACAUCCACACUAUUCGUGACAAUCACAAACAGUGAGGCCACAGUAGUUGCGCGCGGCACACUACACAUUCAACCAGCAGACUUCUUCCAAGAGCUUCAAACGUUUGAGGCAACCGCGCCAACACUCUGGGCAAGGCUUACAUCCGCUGCCAAGUUUUUCACAUUCUUUGCCAGCCAGGUUGCCACGCCGCUCUUCUCAAAAUUGGGCAGUCUGCAAUGGCCAGGCAAUGCAGUAGAUCAUGCUGCUGGUGUUACCGCGGCGUCCCAAGUGAUAUCACUGGAGGCAACAGACGGCGUCAAGACAACAAUGCUCAUGUGGAAUCCCAUUGGAGAGAAUGGGCAGGAAAUAUCCUCCGCAGCACCGACCAUUCUAUUCAUUCCAGGCGCCGCGGUUGAUCAUACUAUAUUUGCGCUUCCAACAAUUAAAAAGAACGCUGUUACCUACUUUCGCGAGGCCGGUUACAGGGUGUAUUGUGUCACUCAUAGGCUGGGCCGGACGGCUAUAUCUAGAGAAGGACACACUUCGUACGAUGCGAGGCGAGAUAUUUACGCUGCCUUGGCUCAUAUUCGGAAAGUCAGUGAUGCUCAUAACAAGGAAGAAGAGAAGGUCUAUAUCAUUGCGCACUGCGCUGGCUCCCUUGCCCUCGCCUGUGGUCUCUUGGAUGGAACAAUCCCCGGUGACUGGAUCCGUGGAAUUACCUGUUCGAUGGUAUUUAUGAACCCUAAGUUUGGCAAGAUCAAUAACUUAUUCUCCGCGUUCCCGGUGGAUGUGUACAGCAAUCUCGUCAGCUCGUACUGGGACUGUCGAAGCAGUCCUAGCGACGGAUAUCUUCAACAGCUUUUCAACCAGAUGCUACGUUUCUACCCCACUGGCAAUCGUCAGGAGAUUUGUAGAUCGGUUGUCUGCCAUAGAAGCGAGUUGGUAUUUGGUCGACAGCUUGAGCGAUUUAUCGGUGGAACCUCGAUGCAAUCUCUCAAAUGGCUUACAAACUGCGGGCGUCUUGGACAAGUCACGACUAACAACCCAGGUACAAGCCUGGUAACGCCAGGGAACAUUGAUCGCCUCAAAGGGAUUCCCAUGCUCUUCCUAUCAGGCUCAGCCAACAUGGUGUUCACAGCGGAGAACACGGAUACCACGUACACUACGCUAUGCAAUGCCCAUGGGAGGCAAUGGUACGAAAGAGAGCUCUUCCAUGGCAAAGGACAUUUGGAUGCUUGGAUGGGAUCGACAGCAUAUACAGAUGUUUACCCAAGAGUGCAACGGCAUGUUGAGAAAGUCUUUAAGGGACUGAGAGAGUGA